AUGACUUCCUGGGUCAACCACACAGCUGCCUCCAUGCAGAACCCUACAGGCACAACCCCUUCGUCUCGUCGCACCCCAGGAGGAUCUGACCGCGGAUCACCCGCACCUUCAACCUACUCUCCACGAACAAGUCGCCACCCAUCUCAAACCAUUGCCCCCCAGACGACCCCUUACCCACCACCACCCCAUCAACAACAACAACAGCAGACUGUCUUUAGACCUUACCAACCACCAGUACAACCCCACCCCCAGCAACACCAGCAGCAGCAGCGUCAACAACCACUGCCAAUUUACCCUAACGGAACAGCACCAGCACCCGUACAGCAUCAUCACCACCACCCCUACGCACCACAGGGCUUCUCUCCCUCAGCCACCGGAUCUAACAGGGGAGGCGGAAGGGGCGGAGAAAUGACCGCCGGCGUUAUGGGAACCUACAGCACAUAUGCGUCCAGGAUACGGGAAGCCAACAGUGCAUUGAUCCUCCCACCUGCUCUGGGUCGCCGUGCCAAGCGUGCAGUGGUGUCGAUGGCCGAGUCUGAUGAGGAUGAUUGGGACUUUGAGGAUAACUCGAGGGGUACACCGACUUCUCGUGCGCAGCGUCAGCAGCAGGCUCAGUUGGAAAAGGAGCGGUUGGAGAAGGAGAAGAAGGCUUGGACCCGUCGUGCUCGCAAAACGCGUCAUCCUAUCCAUUCACAGAAGGAUCUGGACGCAGUGGCGGAUCAGGAUGCGAUCCUGGUGCCCAUCAGGCUGGACAUUGACACAGACGAUUACCGGCUCAGGGAUACAUUCACCUGGAAUGUGAACGAGCAGUUGAUGACUCCCGAGAGCUUUGCCGAGAUCCUUUGUGAUGAUCUUGAUCUCUCGACUGCAAAGUUUGUUCCAGAGAUAGCCCAGUCUAUCCGUAACCAGAUUGCCGAAUUUGAGCCUGUUGCUGAGGUCCAAGUUCCUAAUGAAGGAUCUCGAGUUGUGAUCCAGCUGGACCUACAUGUGGGAGGAAUCAACUUGCGGGACAGGUUCGAAUGGGACGUUGGCUCGGAACUGACGCCCGAGGAAUUCUCGCGUCAGCUGGCCGCAGAUUUGGGCAUCGGCGGCGAAUUCGUUACCAUGAUUGCACACGAGAUCCAUGAACAGCUCUAUCGGUUCAAACAGGACAGGCUUCUGGACCGCGGGUUUGAGGCUGAACCGUUGUACUCGGGAUUCAGACAUUUGGAGGACGCUGAGGCCUGGGCGCCUGCGCUUGAGACCCUCACUGCGGAAGAGUAUGAGCGUGUUCUUGAAGACCGCGAGCGUAGCGUUCGCCGGAACAGAAGAGCGACAUCGAGCUACGUCAAACGCCGCGGCGGACCCGUCUACGCAGCCUCCAGCGCACCAGGAAUCGGCAUCGGAUCAGGAUACAUCAGCAAGAUCGCCACCAAACGUGGCCGUAGCGCCCCAUCCUCUCAGCGACACCUUGCCAUGGUCGACACGGCAGCCUUUGAAAACUGGCAAUGUCAGCAUUGUGGCCUGAGUGCGCAUUCCACAGUCCAUUUGCGUGCUGGUCCUGGGGGUGAUAAGACGCUUUGUAAUACUUGUGGGCUUUCAUGGGCUGUUCAUGGGGGUGUUUUGCCGGACGAGCGGUUGGAUCUUUUCAGGAUUGCGCCUAUUGCUGCUGUUGCUGCUGCAGAUGUGCAGAUGAUAGUAGAGGGGAGUGUCAAGGAUGAUGAACAGGAGGUUGAGACUCCUUCAGGAGUGACUAGCAGCAGUGUUGGAACUCCUGCACUUGUCUCGGAAGUUGGCGCUUAG